AUGGAUCUAGGAUUAAAUAACCGGCGGGCAGUGAUUACCGGCGCUUCAAAAGGUAUUGGCCUGGCUUGUGCCCAGAGCCUGGCGCGGGAAGGCGCUCAUGUACAUCUCGUUGCCCGCACCGAAUCAGACCUGCAGUCAGCUGUGACCCUGGUAGAUCUGUGCGGUCCGGGGCAGGUCAGUUAUCAGGCGCUGAAUCUGGCGGAUUCGCACGAUGCUCAAGCGUUGAUUGAAGCCCAGGCGGAGGCAGAUAUUCUCGUCAACAACGCAGGCGCCAUUCCAAGCGGCACCCUUUUAGACAUCGACGAAUCAACCUGGCGCGAGGCCUGGGACCUGAAAGUCUUUGGGUAUAUCAACCUCUGCCGCGGCUUUUACAGACAGAUGAGCGGCCGAGGGGGUGUUAUUCUUAACGUCAUCGGCGCAGGCGGUGAGCGGCCCACUUCGGGAUAUGCAGCCGGGGCUGGUGGCAAUGCUGCGCUGAUGGCUCUGACCCGCGCUUUGGGCGGCACCAGCCGUAAAGACAACAUUCGGGUAGUGGGCAUCAACCCCGGACAGAUUGUCACCGAACGCCUCCAGGAUUUGCUCAAAGCCGCGGCAAGCAAACGCUUCAAUGAUGCCGAGCGCUGGCAGGAACUGCUGGACCCGCGUUACCCGCCGGGGGAGCCCGCGCAUAUCGCUGAUAUGGUGGCAUUUCUAGCCAGUGAUCGUUCAGCCAAUACCACCGGCACAAUCGUGACCAUCGAUGGCGGGCAUUGCGAUAAAUUCUGCGUGGUUGCCAUGGAUCAACGUAAUGCCGGCAACAGCAGCGGUCUUGUUGCCGCAGAUCAUGGCUGGCACACCUAUAGCCGGGAUCAGCUGGGGUUGAUGAGCCACCUGGGAUUUGAUGAAUUCCAUGUCGCGGGUAUGUGCAUAGGUGGACCAUAUGCAUUGGGUCUUAUCCAGGCAGCGCCGGAACGGGUUGUCAGCGCUACCUUGUUUCAGACGAUAGGUCGGGAUAAUAACGCCGAGGCGUUUUACGCGAUGUUUGAUGACUGGGCCGCUACACUGCAGCCGCAGAUGGCCGAGGUCCCCGCCGAAGCCUGGGCAGCGUUCCGCGAAAAUAUGUACGGCGGUGACACCAUCCUGUUUAACGUCGACCGCGAAUUUGUCGCGAAUAUAAAAACACCGCUGCUGGUUCUGAUGGGCAAUGAUCUCUAUCACCCGGCCGCGGCAUGGGCGCCAAGUGGAGGUAAUGUGCAACCAUUUCGAAUUAUUGUCGCUCGAGAUCCGGAUAUAAGGACCCGGAUUGGUGACCUUUAUCGGCCUCAAUGGGCAUCUUACGGCGCCAACGCGCGCAAAGGUCUGGCCAGCCUGGAAGGAGAGGCCAAAGCCAAGCGGGCACGUAUGCUUGAUGCCUGCGAUUACCUCGGAGAACACAUGGGUGAAGCACCCGUACUGCUGAUAUUCUGUUUCAAUCCGGAUUACAUGGCGAUCACGGAUGCUGACCAGGGCCGUCCCUCAAUCGUGGGCGGCGGAUCGGUUUAUCCAGCUCUGCAGAAUGCAAUGCUGGCCUGUGUCAGCGAAGGUAUAGGCUGCACGUUGACCACUUUGUUGUGUUAUGAGGAAGACAAACUCAAACAGAUUCUGGCAAUGCCCGACGGUUGGUAUACGUGUGCGGUCAUGCCGAUUGGAUACCCGGUGCGUGGCGGACAUGGUGCGAUCUCACGGCGGCCGGUGAACAAGUUGUGUUAUGCGGACCAGUUUGGAAUGCUUAUGUCUCUGGUUGCUGUAAUGGAAACAAAUAAAGGCACUAUUCGACUGGACCUGUUUGCAGAUAAAACACCGAUGACGGUGGCGAAUUUUGUAAAUCUGGCCCAGCGUGGAUUCUACGACGGCCUUGCUUUCCACCGUGUGAUCCCUGACUUCAUGGUCCAGGGUGGGUGCCCUCAAGGUACUGGCACUGGCGGACCGGGUUAUCGAUUUGCUGACGAGUUUGUCGCCGAACUGCGUCAUGAUGCACCCGGCAAGUUUUCCAUGGCCAAUGCAGGACCGGGCACCAACGGCUCGCAAUUCUUUAUCACCCACGUCGCCACACCCUGGCUGGACGAUGCACAUACAAUUUUUGGCGCGGUUCAAAGCGAUGCCGAUCAGGAUGUGGUUAACGCCAUCGCCCAGGGUGACAAAAUCGUAUCUGUAACCAUCGAAGGUGAAACAGAAGCUCUGCUUGCUGAUGAGCCUCUGGUUGCGCAAUGGAAUGCAAAACUCGAUGGCUGA